GUGCUGUUCUCCAAUAUGGCCGCCAGAGGGCACCUGACGUCACUGAACGUCAGCCGCUCCCCAUUCCUCAGCAGGUGUAGGUUUAUUGGCACACUGCAACAUGAACCAUGAACUCUCUACCAGGAAACUUCUCACUGAAGUGGCAGUCCCGUCCCUCAGUCAGCUGUGUUGUCUGCGUGUGAGCUGAGGGGAAUAUUACAAUCACUGUAUUUUAUGGAAUGAGGAUCAUGAGCGAUAAGGGAUUCUCCCAAACUGUUUCCUGACACGGAAUAACAUGCUGUGAUUGACAACCUCAACAUGGAGAUCCAGAAGAGGUUUACUUCUUGUUGGCAGGGUUUUUUGGCAUGUUUUAAGAAACCGAAUCAAUCUGGAGAUGAAGUCAGGAGUCAAGAGAAACCUUCCACGGUUAUUCAAAAUCCCGGUGCCAACAACUCAGAGACGGAUUUUACUCCGAAAAGAUCUUUACCGCCGGUUCCACCUGAAAAAGCGGGGGUUUAUUACAUCGCCCAAUAUGAUUACUCUGCUCGUACUGAGGAAGACCUGAGCUUUAAUGCUGGAGAUACGCUACAGGCUCUCAAUAAAAGUGCUGGUGAAUGGUGGUUUGCCAAAGCCCUCACCGGGGUCUCGGCCUCUAAACAGGGAUACAUCCCGGCUAAUUAUGUGGCACCUGUGGAGAGUAUCGCUGCAGAACCAUGGUAUUUCCCCGACACCAAGAGGCUGGAUGCAGAGAAGAUGCUGUUGGCAGCAGGAAACCAGCAUGGCGCCUUCCUCAUCAGAAACUGUGAGAGUCAGAAAGGGGAGCGCUCCCUCUCAGUGCUGGACAGUGGAAGGGUGAAGCAUUACAAGCUGAAAAAACUGGAGAAUGGUCACUACUUUGUGUCAAGGAACAGAUCCUUUGAAACCCUAAAGGAGCUAGUGGAAUAUUACUCCAAACAGGCCGAUGGCCUCUGUGUACGUCUGGGUGAACCAUGCAAAAAGAUGGAGGCUCCACAGACAUGGGGCCUGUCCUACAACACUGUGGACCAAUGGGAGAUCGACCGCAAGUCCAUCAAGUUGCUGAGGAAGCUUGGAGCCGGUCAGUUUGGAGAAGUGUUCGAGGGCCUGUGGAAUGACACCACAUCAGUGGCAGUGAAGACACUCAAACCUGGUACCAUGGACGCUGACGACUUCCUGAGAGAGGCUCAAAUGAUGAAGAGGCUGCGGCAUGCCAAGCUGAUCCAGCUGUAUGCUGUGUGCACCAUGGAGGAGCCCAUCUACAUCAUCACUGAGCUGAUGACGAACGGCAGCCUGCUGGAGUACCUCAAUAAGGAUAAGGGCGCCACACUGCGGAUCUCUGACCAGAUAGAGAUGGCUGCCCAGGUGGCAUCAGGCAUGGCUUUCCUGGAGUUACAGAACUACAUCCACAGAGACCUGGCAGCCAGAAAUGUCCUGGUGGGGGAGAAUAACAUCUGCAAGGUGGCCGACUUUGGCUUGGCCAGAGUCUUCAUGAAAGAGAAUGAAAAUGUGUAUGAAGCCAAAGAAGGAACUAAAUUCCCCGUGAAGUGGACUGCUCCAGAGGCCAUCCAUGACAACAAGUUCAGCAUCAAAUCAGACGUUUGGUCUUUUGGGAUUCUGCUGUAUGAGAUCAUGACCUUUGGACAGAUGCCUUACCCAACCAUGACAAACUACCAGGUGGUCCAGAAGGUUCCCCAGGGAUACAGGAUGCAGUGUCCCCCCAGCUGCCCCAAAGUCAUGUAUGACAUCAUGACCGACUGCUGGAAGGAGAACGAACAGGAACGUCCCACAUUUGAGACCCUGCAAUGGAAGCUGGAGGACUUCUUCGACCUGGAUGUAACGUCCUACGACGACGCCGGCCGUUACUAGCGCACUGGCCCGUUCAUGACAUGGGGGAUGAGAGGACAAAAGAAAUUUCUCAUCAUUUUUGCUCUGAAUUGAAAUCAAAAUCCCCUGAAUCCAAACAUGAAUAUACAUUUAUGUUUUUUUAUGAAGUAACAGAUUCAGAUGUAAUUUAAAAUUCCUCUCAUUGUGGUCAAAUGAAGGAUCUGAAAUUAAUGAUCUGCGUGUGUGAUAAAUAUGUGACUAUCAGGCGUGCAGUGAGGAAGUUUCUGCUACAGCAACAGUUAGUUGUGACAAUCCUGAUCUGGUUGUGUUUGACAACUGAAUGCACUUUGAGACAGGCAGUAAGUGUGUCUAGCCUAACUCUAAAGCACAGUUGACUGGAAAAGGCCUCUUUCAGCAGGGACAGAAGGCUGCUAUCUUUCCAUCUCGACAAACCGGUUCUUCUUGCACUCAAGAAUGUGUGCUAUACAUUCUUUCCACUGACUACCUGCCGAGCUAUUACCUAAGAAGAUUAAGGAGUCAUGUUCAUUUACAAGCUCUGUCUCACAUGACACAAUACCAAACAGACUGAGUCAUCAGGUGAUCUCAUCUCUACUUCCCAAUUGCACAUGAAGCUACAACAAGUGAUUUAACGAUAUUCAGAGUCAGGGGCCCAAUAAACGAUUGAACAAUAA